AGUCGAAAAAUAAUAAAUUCAAUCUAAUAACUAACUUAACGCGGAAGCAAAGUUGGUUACCAUAGUAAGGAAAGAUACUAUGCGUUUCACCACCCUUCGUUUUUCUCUCUUACAAUUAAUUCUUUCCUAUUUCCACGAACCGCCUCAAUUUUCCUUCCGCUUAUAAAACCCAAUCAUAACUCACCAAUUUCUCAUUCCCAAUUUUCUCCCCUUCAAAACCUAACCCUAAAACCACACACAAACUUCAAUCAAUUCACCGAUCAACCAUGGCCGCCGAAUCACCACAACAAUUGGUUGAGGAGAAUCAUCAUACCACCGAAGAAGAACAACAAAAACUCAAGUACCUUGAAUUCGUGCAAUUCGCAACAAUUCAAGCCUUGAUGCGAUGCGCGAUCUUGUAUGCUUACGCUAAGGAGCGUUCCGGUCCACUCAAACCUGGCGUCGACACCGUAGAAGAAGCUGUGAAAACCGUCGUAGGUCCAGUUUACGACAAAUUCCAUCAAGUUCCAACUGAGCUUCUCAAAUACGUUGAUCGUAAGGUUGAUGAAUCUGUUGCUGAGAUAGAUCGUCAUGUUCCUACUAACGUGAAGAAGGUUUCAUCUCAAGCUAGAUCUGUUGUUACUGAAGUUCGUCGUACCGGAGUUGUUGAAUCUGCUUCUGGAUUGGCGAAAACUGUUUAUGAUAAAUAUGAACCUAAAGCUGAACAGUGUGCUGUUUCUGCUUGGAAGAAGUUGAAUCAGCUUCCACUUUUUCCUCAGGUUGCAAACGCUGUUUUGCCUAAAGCUGCUUAUUGUAGUGAGAAGUAUAAUGAAGCUGUUGCUUUGAGUGCUGAGAAAGGUUAUAGAGUUUCUGCUUAUCUUCCAUUGGUUCCUACUGAGAAGAUUGCUAAGGUUUUCGCUGCUUAAUCGAUUAUGAUUAUGAUUUCCGUUGUUGAUUUCUGUUGCGCCAGAUUGUUCUUUACAGUUAUUUUGUUUGUUUGAUUGUUUAGUUUUAUUUUGAUUUUCCAGAUAUUUGGGAAUGAGAAACUGUUUUUAGUUUGUUUUUAGUUUUCUGGUGUGGAUAUUGACAGUCAAUGGAAUCAUUUUCUAUAACAAUAUAGUUUGAUUUUAA